AUGGAGCGAGAAGAGUCGGCACCGGCCGAGCCGCAGCCUGGCAAGGUCGCCCGGUCGGCCGCUGCGUGCCAUACAUGCCGGAGCAAGAAGGUCAAGUGCUCGGGGAGCUAUCCGUGUCGGUAUUGCUCGAAGCGAAACCUCGAAUGCCAGUUCCCAGGACACGGCAAACGAAAGUUGUUUUCCGUCUCGGAUAUCCAGAAUCUCGAAGAUCGUCUGCAUUUGUACGAACAACAGAGCGGCCAGCCGUCAGCCAAGGUAGCACGAGUCGCAAGAUCCGAAAGCGAGGGCCAUGUCGUUCUCUCGUCCACAGCAUCUGUCACCAACGAUGGCACCCGUCAACCGGAGACCCCCUCGCCUGCGUAUGGCUUCCGGACCGAACCCAGCCGCCACGGCCGCACAUCGAGUUAUCCCAUCAGCGCGUCACACACAACACCAUCCGCCGACCCCACAGGCGAUGCCAUCAGCUCCAGCUACGAUCUGCGGACCGAUGUGCGGAGUCUGCUCGCCUCGCGCCCGAGCCUGCCCUCACACCCAAGUCACGACGACCGCGGCUCCCUCCAGCCGGGCCGCCCGUCAUCUCACCCGCACAGGACAAUCCUCGACAUGCUGCCGCCCGAAUCAGACGCCGCGUUCCUCGUCGAGACGCUCCUCUCCUUUGUCGGGGUCUCGCAGCAAUUCUUCGAUCCUCGGGACGUGCUGGACCAGGUAGACCAGCUCUACGAGAACCCUGACAAGCUAAAGCAGGAUUCGAUCCUGCGCUUCUGCGAAACCAUUCUCGUGCUAGCCGUGGGCAUCCAGUUUGCAGUCAAGUCAACAGAGCGGAAGAAGAACCCCGGCAUCGAGCUUUUUGACUUUGCCAUGGGCUCUCUGCCGAGCGUGUCGACCUGGCGCGCUACGAGCACGCCGAUCAUGGGCAUCCUCGGCCUGGCGGCUGUCUACCUGCAGAACCUCGAUCGGAAAGACGACGCAUACUUUUACUCAAGCACAGCCUUGCGGCUGGCGAUCUCCUGUCGCCUGCAUAAGAAGGCCCAUACGCGACGUCAGCUGCAGUCGGAAUGGGUCAAGUCGAACAGACUCUGGUGGACGAUCUACAUGCAAGACAGACGCCUAGCUGCAGCGACAGAAAGCCCUCUGGGCAUCGAGGACGACGCGAUCACGAUCGAGGCGCCGUUCCCGUCAUUCGGCUUCCAGUCGCCUGAUGCCAUCAACAUCAAUGUCAGCCUGGCUCGCGUCAGUGGCCAGAUCUACUCAACAAUCUAUGGCUGCCACAUGAUUCGACAGGACGCGUUCGUGAUCCGCGUGCAGGCUGUGAUGCGAUCCCUCCACAAGAUCGCCCGUAGCAUGCCCUCCGAGUUCUCGCUGGACUUCGGGGCGCCUGUUCUGAAAGUGACCAGAACGGCAGCAUCACUACACUUGAUGCUCUACCAGCCCUUGAUGUAUGCUGCGCGGCCGCUGCUGCUCAGAGCGGCAAAGGGCGUCAUCGGCCACCAGACGCAGAGCAGUGGUUUGGACGAGCCCCUGCUGCAGUCCCUCAUCAAGCCGUGCCUGGCUGCUGCUCGUCGAAGCCUCAUGAUUCUGACGGCCAUGCAGAAUCAGGGCAUCCUCGCGAUGUACGGCUUCUUCGACCUGGACGCCAUCUUCUCCGCAGCCUUCAGCGUCAUCCUCGACAGCGUCAUGAACACGCACGCCAGGACAGCCAACUCGACCUGGCUCAACAGCGCGUGCCAUCUGCUCCUCGUCAUGGGGGAGUGCGGCAACGCCGCCGCUGCAUCACGCAGGGUCGAGAUCCUGCGCAUAUGCGAGCACCUCUCGCUGCCCUUUGAGCCCGACGAGCACAACAGAUCGAUCCCGGGCGACGGCAUCAAGGCCGCCGACGCAGCCAACCGCGUCGACGACGUCGCCGCCACGCUGACGUCCCUGCGCCAGGGGAACUUGCCUCCCUACAGCACGGCGCCGCCGUCCGCCGAGUUUUCCGGGGCGGCGCAGACGAUCGGCAUGGCCGGGCUCACGGACGACACGGUCAGUCCGUUUGCGCAGCUCGAGGACAUGUUUGACAUCCAGGCGUUCCUCGGAUCGGACGAGCAGCCGAGCGGCGAGGCGCAGUUGUCGGAGCAUGUGGCGGCGGCUGAGGGCGCGACGAUCGAUGAUGGCGAUUUCUCCUGGCUGUACCAAGAUUCUGAUUUCGCGUUGACGGGCGCGGACAUGAUGGACUGGGAAGUGUUUGGGCGGUAUCUCAAUCUUUCGUGA